GGAUGCAAUUUGCAAAACAAGAUAUAAAUCGAAUGGCGCAUAUUUCGAUGUGGUUGUUGACAUGUUGUCCAGAACCCCCGUUUUUUUCACAUUCCCCAUGUUUCAGUUUCACCAUGAUUUCUAACUUGGGUUCUACUCCUACUCUAGUCUAGUCCCUCGUAUUUAUCGUUUGUCCUUUCCGUUGUUUCUGGGUUGUAAACUUUGGAGUUCACAAUGGCUGUGGCUGUGGCUAUGGCUUCUUGCAGUCUUGGUCUUAGCUUGAAUACUAGUAAUUCUAGUUUGAAGAAACCCCUCGCAAACCCAUUGCCAACUGGGGUUUUGGUGGAAGGCUCCCCUGUUUUUGGUUCUAAAAGCAUCAGCAUUGUUCAGAAGGGAAGACGGCCAUCGUCAUUGACUUCGAUAAUUGCACAAGCAUCAUCUGCUACAGCUGUGGAGGAUGGUAAGCCGGAUGAAAGUGACAUGAUUCCGGUUCCCAAAGUAAUCAUUGAUCAGGAUUCUGAUCCAGAUGCUACUGUGGUGGAGAUAACCUUUGGAGAUCGGCUUGGGGCUCUUCUUGAUACUAUGAGUGCGCUUAAGAACCUUGGCCUGAAUGUUGUCAAGGCCAAUGUGUUCUUGGAUUCUUCUGGAAAGCACAACAAGUUUGCCAUUACUAGAGCAGACACUGGUAGGAAAGUAGAUGAUCCAGAGUUGCUUGAGGCUAUUCGUUUGACAAUUAUAAAUAAUAUGAUAGAGUAUCAUCCGGAAUCAAGUUCGCAGUUAGCAAUGGGAACAGCAUUUGGAAUUGUGCCACCGCCACAACAGGUUGAUGUGGAUAUAGCUACCCGUAUACGCAUUCAUGAUGACGGCCCCAACCGUAGUUUGCUUACCAUGGAGACAGCUGAUCGCCCUGGAUUACUCGUGGAUCUUGUAAAGAUUAUAACUGACAUUAACAUUGCUGUUGAAUCAGGAGAGUUUGACACCGAGGGGUUGUUGGCCAAAGCAAAGUUUCACGUUAGCUACAGGGGUAAACCUAUCAUUAAGCCUCUCCAGCAGGUUCUUGCAAACAGCUUACGUUACUUCUUGAGGCGACCAGCGACUGAGGAGGCGAGUUUUUGAGCCAUGUAGACCACAUUGAUGAAGUAUACUCAGAAGUUCCCCACAAUUAAGCCCAUGAAAGUUCUUGAACAUUGUUUAGUCUUUUCUAUUGAGUUGAAGGAUAAAUGGACAGAAACGAAAAAAGAUAACAAGAGUCCAGAAAUGUAGAACUAAACACAUGAGCUUCAACUGUUCAACUUCUAUAUAAAUAUACAACGUUCAUCCAAGUUCUUGCAAUUUUAAACUAUAUAAAACGAAAUAUUUAGAUUUAUCAUACAGGAGAAGUAUUCUAAUUACGGAC